AUGAAGAAAGAGGAUGAAACUAGUCAACCCAUGGAUGGUAUUCCCGUCCCAAAGACAAUUCCUAACCAUGAUAUAAACAUGGAACUUGGGGAUCCUGUCUCUGACCGUGAUGUUCAAAUCGGCGCCACCCCAUUGUUCGAAUACUCUCAUGAGAAGUCUUUGCACCAUGUGCGUAUUAAAACUGGCCUAGAGCUACAAGAUGCAAAGUUUUAUGCCAUAAACAAUUCUCGUGAGGGACGGGCUCGUAGCUUCAGUCAUGCAGCCAGUAGCCAUGGCAAGGACAAUCAUACAAAGGAUUUGCGUCCAACCUUCUUGCAUACGAAGCUUUUGAACGAAAACUUGCAAAAUAAGCUAAAGGAUAUUCACUUGCCUCAUGUAAAGGAGGGAUUGGACGGAAAGAAAAUUACAGCCGACAAUGCCGUAACUGAUGCUGGUUCUUUGGGGGCCAUGGAUCCUCUCUUUUCUGAUGAAUUGCAGGAAAUUUACAAGUCCAUUCAUAAAUGUAUGGACAUGCGUCACAAGUAUAUGCGUAUCAGUAUGCAAGGCGAGGACGUUAAUCCUCGUGACGAUGACUCCUGGGUUAUUUAUCCGGACGGCAAGGAAGGUGAACCUUGUGAGAAUUUUGAUUUCUCUAAAAUUGAGAUUCCUGGUGAAAUUCACGAUAUGGUUUUCCAUAUGGAUGAUCGGGGAGUGUACCAGGUGUACGAAAACAACAAUGCCUACCAAGCCGGCAUUCCGUACUUUAAUGUUCCCACUAUUCGUGAUUACUACAUUGAUCUUGAUACCUUGCUUUCCAUUUCCUCCGACGGUCCAACUAAGUCGUUCUCUUUCCGUCGUCUCAAAUACCUGGAGGGGCGUUGGAACAUCUACAUCUUGUUGAACGAAUACCAGGAACUCGCUGACACGAAGCGCGUGCCUCAUCGUGACUUUUACAAUGUCCGUAAGGUGGAUACUCACGUUCACCAUUCCGCUUUGGCAAACCAAAAACAUCUUCUGCGUUUCAUCAAGAGCAAACUUCGUAAAUGUCCGGAUGAAAAGGUUAUUCGUCGUGACGGCAAAUUCCUGACACUGCAAGAAGUGUUUGACUCUUUGAAUCUGACAUCUUACGACUUGAGUAUUGAUACGUUGGAUAUGCACGCCCAUACGGACACGUUCCAUCGUUUCGAUAAAUUCAAUCUGAAAUAUAACCCAAUCGGCGAGUCGCGUCUCCGUACCAUUUUCUUGAAGACCGACAACGAUAUUGAAGGCCGUUAUCUCGCUGAACUCACAAAGGAGGUAUUUUCUGACUUACAAGCUCAAAAGUACCAGAUGGCCGAGUACCGUAUUUCGAUUUAUGGACGUCAUGUUGAUGAAUGGGACAAAUUGGCUGCUUGGAUCAUCGACAAUAAGCUGUUCUCUGCAAAUGUUCGUUGGUUAGUUCAAGUCCCGCGUUUGUAUGAUGUGUACAGAAAAUCCGGCAUCGUGCAGAACUUUGAGACUAUUGUGAAAAAUCUGUUCCAGCCUUUGUUUGAAGUAACUCUCAAUCCCCAAUCACACCCCAAGCUUCACGUAUUCUUGCAACGCGUUGUCGGUUUUGACUCGGUUGACGAUGAAAGCAAGCCCGAACGUCGUACAUACCGCAAAUUCCCCUUCCCCAAGGACUGGAAUAUCAACUUGAGCCCGCCUUACAGUUACUGGCUUUACUACAUGUACGCCAAUAUGACGAGCUUGAACGCCUGGAGAAAGAUGCGUGGUUUCAACACUUUCGUACUGCGUCCCCACUGUGGUGAAGCUGGUGAUACGGAUCAUCUGGCCAGCGCAUACCUUUUGGCUCAAGGAAUAAGCCAUGGUAUCUUGCUUCGUAAGGUUCCAUUCUUGCAGUACUUGUGGUACCUCGAUCAGAUUCCUGUUGCCAUGUCUCCUCUUUCAAACAACGCCUUAUUCUUGGCAUACGAUAAGAACCCUUUCUUGUCUUACUUUAAGCGCGGUCUGAAUGUUUCACUUUCUACGGAUGAUCCCCUUCAAUUCGCCUUUACCAAGGAGCCUUUGAUUGAGGAGUAUUCUGUGGCAGCUCAAAUUUACAAGCUUUCUGCGGUCGAUAUGUGUGAGUUAGCCCGUAACAGUGUCCUCCACAGCGGUUUUGAACGCUCGAUAAAGUCGCGUUGGUUGGGCGAUGACUACCAAGUUAUGGAUCGCACGAAUGUUCCCAUCAUCCGUCUUGCGUAUCGUGCGCUCACCCUUCAACAGGAGCGUAACCUGAUCAAUAGUUACGUGCAGUCGUCUCUCAGCUCAAGCACCUCAUCUCUCUUUACGCACGGUAGAUCUGGCUCUACACUUAGUGAGACUCCUGCGCAGGCCGUCGCCGACGCCGGUAACGAGUCUGUGUACAGCGAAAACCCAAACCUUGACGGAACCGAACCUUCACACAUGUUCCCUGGCGUCAGUGUCAUUUCUGAGCGUCGUCGUCGUAAGGAUAGUGUGACCAGCGAAGCCAAGGCAAAGGAACAGCUCUUGUAA